AUGGCUCUUGAUAAUUCUCCGAAGAUGAGAGAUGAUCCACCGCCAAGUUAUGAAUUCGGGGCAGAAGAAUGUGUCGCUGCUAUCAAUGCUGUUCAACUUAGUCAACACCUUCAAAACCUCGCUGAAGCAUUGAAUAGCAUACUGGAUGCCUCGUUCGAAAAAGAACAAUUUAUUGAAAGUCUUGAGGCGACUUUAAGGCGGCAACCAGCAGCAAAGCAUGCGCAGAUGUUUGACAUCGCCCAAACCAUUUUCAAUGCUUGUCAAAACGUUUAUAAAUUCGAAGAAGAUCCAUCCAUCAGCUGGAAAUUAAGCCACGAGGAAAAGCACGAACAGUUCGGAGAAAAGGUCUUAGACGCAAAUGAGAGUGGAUCAGAAAAGGAUGCUAUAGCAGCAGAGGUUCACAUUCGACAUCGUCAGAAUAUCUCUGCCAAGGAUCAGCCUAUGCUUCGAGAGAUUACUCAUGGUUUCAAACCAUCUCAAGCCAAAUCUUCCAAGAAAGUGCCUAGAUCUAAACUUAUUUCGCUCAACGCGAAACCGUUGCCGAUACUAGAUGGCAGGAAUACUAAGCGAGUUUCUACGCCUGUUGCUAUGUCGCCAAUGACUUGCGAUACAACUUCUCACGAAAGUUUAUCAGAUAUUUCAAGACUCAGUUCUCCAGAGAGUAUGGGUACGCCUCCUCGAAUCAGAGCUGCUCUUCAAGAAGAAACACCGAAACAACCGAAACAACCGAAGGGUCCUGAAUAUGAAUUCCGUUCUUUAAUAUCCCAAUCCAUUGAAGAGUUUAUAUACCAUGCUCGUCAGCAAAUUAAACAAUUAGCAUUGUAUGAAGUCCCAUCGGUAACUUAUGAUGCCAUUUUCGGCUCUCUGGACGACGAAGAAAGCGAGAAUAGAUCAAAUCAGUGGUCAAUAGGUUCGGAAUGGCUAAGACUAGUGGAAUCAGGGAAAGCGGAGAGGGAGAGAGAGACGAUUAAUUACGCGUUAACAGCAAUGGCAUUCCAAAAGUGGCAUGCAUCUCAAAUGCGGCUGUCUACAAACAAAACGCCACAAAUGACGGAACAAACAGCGUCAAAACUGAUAAUAGACAGACUAGUUGGGCCAACGCAAGAGAGUAACAGCAUUCAACGACGGAAGAACAUUCGCACCCAUUUAACGCGUGGGAAAAAGUGGAAUCAACUGGUGGAACAACUUGGGCAUGGCAUACUAUUGAAGAAGGCCUGGUAA